CUGAUAUUACUAGUACAUUUACGCGAUAGCAGAAACUUAAAACAAAAUAUUUGAAUUUUGAGAGCAUGUACAUGAAUUAGAGGACUGUUUAUGAUCCCUUUCACCAGUUUUUCUUGACGCAAGAGACACCUGCAUGGUGUAUAUUAAGGACACUCGUUAAAGUUGAGUGAUUUUUCACGCCUGACUGAACUGAGGUAGGGAAUCAUCUUUCUGAGAUGUUGAUGAUCGGUCGGUGAAUAUGGCGAUAAUCAGAAACAGACUGGUAAUUUUCAUUAUUGUGCCAUGUCUGUUUGUCUGUCUGAAAGGCAAAGAAAAUGAAGAGCGUGUGAUGGUGUUCGCCAAUAGGACUCACAUCCACUGGGUCAACCAGAAUACUAAGGAACACCACGUCAUGCCACUAAUUAAUAUGACCGAGGUCAAGUACGUGGACUUUGACCCCGUGGACAAUAUGAUCUACUGGUCAGACGUUCAUCACGGCGGAUCAAUAUCCAGGGCCACUCUGUGUGCUGAAGAGCAGGAAACUGUUGUUACUAACAUUUUUAUCAAGCACGUCAAGGCGGCCUUUGUAAGUAUAGCAGUGGACCAUAUCCGCCGGACAGUUUACUGGACUAAUUCUGCUAGUGACCUCAUAGAGAGGGUCAAUCUAGAUGGGUCAAACCGGACCGUCAUAGCAGAAUACGACAUGGGGUCACCCAUAGACGUGGAAGUCGACGCCAGUGCCGGUUUUGUGUACUGGCUCGACGGUGGAAUAAAGCCUAAGAUUGAGAGCUGCUCUUUGAGCGGUAGAGGUCGAAGGACGCUGGUAGACCUGUCCGACCAUUACCCCUCUAUCCUUGAGCUGGACACCCUCACACAGGCCUUGUACUGGAACGAUAAAAAUAGCAAGCAGCUCUACAUGGCCAGAAUGGAUGGAUCCAACAUGAGGGUACUCAAGUCAGAGAUUCCUCAUAUUACAAGAAUGUUUAUUGAAGGUAACUACAUCUACUGGACUGACUGGUGGAACAAUAACAUUGAAAAGAUCCCCAUCACCGGAAGUGAGGGCCCCACGGUGAUACUAAGUCCCGUCAAAGAUAUGGAGGAUCUUAUCAGUAUCAAGGUCAACCCAGAUUUUGUCCAUUGUCCUCCGCGCCCGGCUUACAAAUUCAGAGCUUUCUCCUCCGUGGUGAACAGGACAGUAGAGGCAACGUUUACCUGGAAGGCUGGCUACGGCUGGAAAAUCCCCCAGUACUUUGAACUGGACCAGAAAGAUGUAGACUCCGAGAUUUGGAUAGAAGUCUAUCAAAUAGCUGCAGACAGCGAUACAAGGGUGACACUCCAACUGGAACACAGCAAGGAGUAUCACUUCAGAAUAAGAGCCUGUAAUAAAUAUGGCUGCAGUCACAGCAAUACACCGGAAGUAAAAUUUACCACAGAAAGUGUAGCUGCUGUACCAACUUCAGUCAAGCAUUUUAACCCUUUUCCUACUCUAAUGAAGACUGGUAUAAUUGUGGGGGGUAUUAUUGUUUUCGUUGGAAUCGUUCUAGGUGUAUGGGGAUACUGGAGAUCCCGCAAAAGGAGGCAAAAAAGAUACCGUGCUGUUAGAUACUCAACAUCAUCAUACAUCACGUGACCUAUGGCCAUUUUUUCUUAGGAUCACGUCUUUUUGCUUUAAAAGCGACGUCUUUCUUUUGUGUUUUGUUCAAUACAGUUUUGCUUGAGAUUAACUUGUAAAUAUUAAGUGAAAGUCAAUGUCAGUGAGAAUGUAUCGUAUGGAUAUUGAAUGUCAUGUUAAUCUGUGAUAUAAAUAAUAAUCAGUUACUAA